UGAAGUGCCGGAAAGGAUGUCAGUUGCCGCGGUGACAGGGCAGAGGUGGAGACGUUGGAUGCGUUCCCCGGCCACCGGCUUCCCCCCGCCAUCUCUCUCUCUCUCUCUCUAUCUCAAUCUUAUUUCUGUUUGUGUCCGCCUUGGUUAAAACAAACAAGAAAAUAUGAACGGGACGCCGGUGCCUCCCUGGCAGGACUGUAAGCUGCGCUUGUCACAACUUGGAUUCAUUGACAGCUGAUCGUUGCUGGUCUUUGUAGAAGGAGGAGAAGAAGCGUUUUGCCAUGGGCAGGUCCUACAUCUCUUGUUUAUUCCCAGCUUCAUGGCAUUUCAGCUUCUCUCCUUCCACCUGCCCACGUCCAUUCAACACCACUUUCCGUCAGUUGACAGCUCUUGCAUUGAUCAUUGUUCUCACAACUUUACUGUAUGUUCUGCUCGUUUUGGAUAAGACUGGAUGGGGACGAUUGUACCAGGACAAAGGAGAUAGGCACCUGACCAAAUUGUUGGACAUGGAAGCUACUGACAUUGAGAACCCUUACUUAAACUACGGCAUCGUGAUAGACUGUGGAAGUAGUGGCUCGAGGCUCUUUGUGUACUGCUGGCCAAGACACAAUGGGAAUCCACACGAUCUGCUCGACAUCAAACAGAUGAGGGGCAGGAACAGACAGCCUAUUGUGAUGAAGAUCAAACCAGGAAUUUCAGAGCUGGCAGCCACACCGGAGAAAUCCAGUGAUUACCUGGCACCUCUUCUGAAUUUUGCUGCAGAUCACAUUCCUCACUCGAAACACCAAGAGACUCCACUAUACAUCCUGUGCACGGCUGGGAUGAGGAUUUUGCCUGAAAACCAGCAAAAUGCCAUUCUUGAAGAUCUCCGUACAGAUAUUCCACUGAACUUCGAUUUUCUCUUCGCUGACUCUCACGCAGAAGUCAUUUCAGGCAAGCAAGAAGGAGUUUAUGCUUGGAUUGGAAUUAACUUUGUCCUGGGACGAUUUGACCACAUCAGUGACGGCGAGGAUUCGGUUGUGGAAGUCAAGGUUCCUGGCACAGAGGCCCAGGCAGCUGUUGUCCGGAAGAGGACAACUGGUGUCCUGGACAUGGGAGGGGUUUCUACUCAGAUAGCCUAUGAAGUCCCCAAAACUGUAAGCUUUGCCUCUUCACAACAGGAGACGGACAGGAUUGGAGAAUACAGCCAAAGUUUGCUGCGUGGUUGGCUCAAGUGGCAGAGGAUGUGUGGCAUCCUUUGUGUUUUCCAUCAUUGCUUGGCUCUGGUGUUAGUCCACUGGGUCUUGGAACUACUCUGCAUGGCCGAGGUCAAGGGGCAGCAGGUCUCCAGGAUUCAGCUCCGAUUGGCCGGCCGGAGGAAGAAAGGCAAUGAGGGACGGGUUGAGGUCUACUAUGACGGCGAGUGGGGAACCAUCUGCGAUGACGACUUCUCCAUCGCCACAGCCAACGUCAUCUGUAAGGAACUCGGCUUCCUCCAUGCAGAAAACUGGGUCCCUGGCGCCAAGUAUGGCAGAGGGAAAGGCAGGAUCUGGAUCGAUAACGUGCGAUGCACUGGCAGUGAGAAGAGCCUGGCAGCUUGCGAUUCGAACGGCUGGGGCGUCACCGAUUGCAAGCACACGGAAGACGCUGGAGUAGUGUGCAGCGAGCAGAGGGUGCCUGGCUUCAGGUUCGCCAAUGCCCUUGACAACAAUAUUGAGGAAGAGCAGCUACAAGUGCAAGAUGUUCGCAUCAAGGGUGUUUUCGGCUCCUCCAGGAAACGCCUGCCUGUUACCGAGGGCUAUGUCCAGGUGAAGCAGGAUGGUGAGUGGAAACAGAUUUGUGACACCGACUGGACGGCCAUGAAUAGCAGAGUCAUCUGUGGCAUGUUUGGAUUCCCGGCAGAGAAAGGCUAUAACACAAAGAUUUACAAGAUCUUUGCGAGCAGGAAGAGACACACUUACUGGCAGUACAACAUUAACUGCAUGGGCAACGAGGCCCACCUGUCGAGCUGCAGCCUGGGCCACUCCGAGGCCAGCUCUAAUGGCUCGUGUGUGAGCCACAUGCCUGUGAUCGUUAGCUGUGUGGCUGGGCGUCCCAUUGCUGCUCUCAGCACUACCCGGGUUCGGAAGGCCUUCCAGACUGAGAGACCGCUGAUCCGUCUCCGGGGAGGUCCGAGGAUCGGAGAGGGAAGGGUGGAGGUGAUGAAGAAUGGACAGUGGGGGACGGUGUGUGAUGACCGCUGGAACCUGCAGGCGGCCAGCGUGGCCUGUCGAGAGCUGGGAUUCGGCACGGCCAAGGAGGCUUUAACCGGAGCCAGAAUGGGCAAAGGGAUCGGCAUGACCCACCUGAAGCAGGUCUCGUGCACAGGCUUUGAGAGUUCUCUCACUGCCUGCCAGUUUAACCAGAACAACCUGUGUGGUCACAAUGAAGAUGCUGCGGUGCGCUGUAACAUCCCCGACAUGGGCUUCGAGAAACAGAUUCGCCUGGUAGGAGGACGUACUCCGUUUGAGGGACGUGUGGAAGUGCUCGCAAAGAGGAACGGAGGCCUCAGAUGGGGCACUGUCUGCAACAGCAACUGGGGCCUCAUGGAAGCGAUGGUGGUGUGCAGACAGUUAGGCCUGGGCUUUGCUGACCACGCAGUUCAGGAGACCUGGUUCUGGGGAGGUGACCCAUCUGCUGAUGAAGUAGUGAUGAGUGGUGUGAAAUGUUCGGGCACGGAGCUGUCCCUUUUCCAGUGUCUUCACCAUGGCGAGGAGCUCGACUGCCCUAAUCGAGGGGGACAGUUUGCUGCCGGGGUCUCGUGUACUGAAGCCGCGUCUGACCUGGUGCUGAACCCACGGGUGGUUGAAGAGACCACGUACCUGGAGAAUCGGCCCCUGUCCAUGCUGGCAUGUGCCAUGGAAGAGAACUGUCUGUCCAGCACUGCUGUCGGCCUGCCACCUCUGUCCAGCUUCCGUCGCCUGCUCAGGUUCUCCUCUCAGAUCCACAACAACGGGGAGGCUGACUUCAGGCCUAAGGCAGGCCGCCAUGCCUGGGUCUGGCAUGAGUGUCACAGGCACUACCACAGCAUGGAGGUGUUCACCACCUAUGACCUGCUGCUGCUGAAUGGAACAAGGGUUGCUGAGGGACACAAGGCCAGUUUCUGCCUCGAGGACACCGAGUGUGACUCAGAGGACCAGAAGAACUACCAGUGUGACAACUUUGGUGAGCAAGGGAUCACAGCGGGUUGCUGGGAUACGUAUCGCCAUGACAUCGAUUGUCAGUGGAUCGAUGUGACGGAUGUCUCUCCAGGGGAGUAUGUGCUCCAGGUUGUCAUCAAUCCAAACUUUGAGGUGGUGGAAUCGGACUAUUCCAAUAAUGUGGUGAAAUGUCGCUGCAAAUACGAUGGACAUCGCAUCUGGGCUUACAACUGUCAUGUUGGUGGCUCUUUCAGCUCGGAGUCCGAAGAGAUUUUUGACCACUUCCCUGGAUUAAUGAAUAACCAUCUGUCGAGUUGGUAACACUGCAGGAGAGAUGACCACUUCAGUAAUAGUGACCGUAGACCAAGGGAUGCCCGGUGAAGUACUGUCAAUAGCGUGGACUGAUACCUAUGCAUGGUUGUCAAUGCAAUAUUGGUGCUACUGUUUCCACUGUAAGGAUAGUGUAUUGCAGGAGCACAAAACCAUCUUCCUGUGCUGUCUGGUGUUAGGUCCAUUGCACCCAGCUGCUUGGAGCCACUUCACCAAAAGAAAAACACACACCAAAUUCACACUUUGGCUUCAGUCUGAAGCUGUGUGUCCCCCUCUCUCUCUCUCUCUCACUCUGCCUCUCUCUCUCUGUGUUAGGCUGUGGGUGGCAGACACGAGCAAAGCUGGUGUGCAUUGUGGUUCACGCCAGGAUUGAGAGAGAGAGAGAGAGAGACCUGUAGCCAAGGAGAGCUGCUGCAGUGGUGCUUAAAAUGUCUUUAGGUUCUUGUACCUCGAGCCCUCCAAAGGGCAAAGCCAUAUCUCAGCCAAAAGGGGAUGGGGUGGGGGGAGGGAAGGGGGAUUGUGGAGAACAGGUGGGGACUGGGGGAAGGGGGCUGUUGUUGAACGCAUUGCUGACCCAAGUGGCACACAGAUACCAGUACCUUCUCAAAUCGGAGUGCACAGGCUUUUAACAUUCAUUUAAGAUUCGUUUCUCUCGACCUUUUUUGUAAGCCUACUCAAUCCCGUCUGCUUUGUAUGAGAUGCAGCAGUGUGUCCUGACGUUGGAUAUUUACCUGAACUGUAAAGGGAAAAAAAACCUCCAUCAGUAAUAAAACCAGCUACAGUGA